CUUCUUCAGCCAUUCUUUGUUUAUUUGCUGUUUGUGGUAGUGCGGUUGUGCAGUUGUGCAGUUGCAGUUUAUUUGCUUCGCCAGCCAUUCUGUUGGGUUGGUAUUUAUUUGCUUCUUCAGCCAUUCUGUGUUUAUCUGCUGCCUCCCCUCCAGUAGUUUAUGCUUCCCCCUUCCUGCUGGAUCUUUCUGGUGAGGCUGGCAGCUUUUGGAGAUGUGCCAAGUAUCUUGUGUAUGUCCUCUUCUUCCUGCUGUGGCAGUGCUUUCUGCCAGCCUGGAGUCUGGAAUUCUGUAGCCUCUUGUUGGUUGUGUUCUCCCUCCAUUCGCUUCCCAGUUUUGUCUCUUGGUGUAAUGCCUGAGCUUGCACAGCGUGUUGAGAAGGAUUUGUUGAACAUCAUGAGCAGUGGAACAAUCGAAAAUGCAGAUAUCCUUAAAUAUUAUAAAGGAAAUAUCAGAAUUGCUGUCAAGCCUAGAAAAUGAAGAAAACAAACUCAUUUUUUUCGAGUAUUUUGUAGAUUUCUGAAAGUCAUUGUCACUGUAAACACAGAAACAUGCCCAGAUAUUAGAUGGAACUAAAAAUUUAACAUGUUCAACUGGACCUAACAUUUAUUUCUUCAGCAUUUUGUUGGAUUA